CCUUCGGCGGCGAUAUUUAAACGACGCGCGCGCGGUCCCGGACAGUCAUACGGCCGGCGAGACUGCGAUUGCGCGCUGUUCCGCGGUCGAACUGUUUCGUCGCUCUCCGGGAGAUCGACCAUGAUCUACGCGGACGCGGUGGAACGCGGCGACGGCCAACUGCAGCCGGCGGCGGCGGCGGACGACCGCGAGCCCCGGCCUUUUCAGAUACGCGGGCACCUGGUGCACGGGAUACCGCAGGUCGGCGACUCCAACUACGACCCGGCGUGCCCCACGUGCAACCCGGGCUCCAUCAACGAUCUGGGCACACCGACGACCACGGUCGUGGUGACCACCACGUCUUCGGCGGCGGAACCGGACGUGGCCACGGCUACCGCGGUGUCCGCGGCGGAUCCCAUACCGGUGACCGUCCACUACAACGGCGACGAGCCGCUACGGGAAAACGGAACACAGGACAUGCAGCAACACGGGGGAAUAGUUACAUACACUGAUGAUUACUCUGCUAAUGGAUUUAGGACCGGUAUUGCGGUCGUAUUCAUAGCGGGUGAGAUGGCCGGAAUCGGAAUGCUCGCCGCUCCAUGGGCAGUAGUUAACCUAGGAUGGAUGGGAUUUAUUCUUUUGAUCACAUUUGGAAUUGCGACAGCUUACAGCGCUUCUUGUCUCGGGACCUGUUGGCUGAUACUCGAAGAGAGAUACGCCCAAUACCGAGUUUAUCCUGUACCUGACCCGUUUUCUACGAUUGCGUUGCAUGCAGUCGGUAAACGAACUAGUUAUUUUACGAAAGCAUGUGUACAUUUAACACUGUUUGGCUCCGCAACAGUAUAUUUAAUGCUAAUUGCCCAAUCUGCACAGAAGUUGUUUGCUGGCACACAUCCGGAAGUUGGAUUUUCGACGUGGUUAUUUGUAUUUUCAGUAGCCCUCAGUUCACUUAUGUUUUUGGAAUCGCCAAAGGAUUAUUGUAUAGUAGCCAUUGGUGCGUUGCUCACGACGAUGACGUCCUGUUACUUUGUCCUAAUGCAAAUUUUAUUGGAUGAACGAAUCAAAGAAGGUUCGGCGACUGAAACACAUAAAAUUGCAUGUUCAGCUAACCAAUUUUUCUUGUCCUUUGGAUCAAUUUUGUUCUCUUAUGGUGGAGCGGCAUCAUUCCCGGUGAUACGAUCACAUACUAUGUUUAAACGUGAUGAGUUUUCGAGGAACGUAGUAACCUCAUUUAUCAUUUUGGCCAUUUUAUUCGGGUCGAUCGUUGUUGGAGGGUACAUCGUGUAUGGUCAUACAAUUAAUCCAAACAUCCUCAUGUCUCUCGGUGACUCGUGGCUGUCGUACGCGGCAAUUAUUCUGAUGGCAGCGCAUUUGAUUUUGGGAUUCGUCAUUAUCGUGAAACCGGUGUCUGAACAAGUGGAAUCGUUCUUCAAUACACCACACUCAUUUGGUUUCCCACGGUUCAUAGUCCGUAUAGGUCUAUUACUUGCCAUGAUAGCUCUGGGUGAGAGCAUGCCAAACUUCACCAACUUAGUAGCUCUGAUGGGAUGCUCGACCGUUAUACUUGCUACGUUUGUACUACCGUCAAUAUUCUACUUGAGGUUAUGUUCCAUGCAAUGUGCCAUUUGGCCCGACAGGAGCUUGUCGUGGAAAUCCCAAGUAUACAUGUAUAUGGUUAUUGUUGUUGGACUUACAAGUGGUACGGUAGCUAUGUUAACAGCUCUUAUUGAAUUAUUCGAUUUGGAAUCUUUAAUUAAUCCAUUUUUUGUGAACUUAAUUAACUCCGAAGAAAAUACUUAUAUUUAAUAGAAAAACGUGUUUAUAAUAUUUUGUAUUAUACUAAGUUAAGUUAUUUUUUU